ACUAGUUGGCAUAGCCUUUAGUUUCAAUCAACAUUUCAAGUAGCUCAGAUCUUGCUAGCUAAAUUUAUUAAAACAAAUUCAUCUGAAAGUUGUCUUUCACAAAUCGAAUCAUAAUGGCAAAGUCUUCAUUUCCCUUCAAAAUCUUCCGCAGUAUCUACAAGAAUGAGUUCCAAUGGAUGCUGGUCAAGAGCUAUGGCCUUUUCUUUCUGGGAGUUUUUCUGGCCAAGGAGUUGACGGGCUUGGAACUGAUGCCGGUUUAGUCCUUUAAACCGACUAUGUGUUUAUAUUUACAUGCUGUGCAGAUCAUGAGCUCUUUUUUUGGGAGUUUGUCAAUAAACUUGUGGAGGAAGUACAUUUCCUGUUAUUAUAAUUAA